GUCCCAACGACAACACCAAAUGAGAGCAACAAUUUUUAUUGACACCUUGUUUAAGGAAUUUGAGCUUUCAGUUCGUAAAGGUGCAUAUAAGUACUUUGAGUUCAUUCAGAUUCAGCCCUGCAACGAAUGUGGCCUGAUUACUGCCUGGCAUAAUGUGGCUAUACGCCCCUCAAGUGGCCAUUUUGUGUGCUAUAUAACUGAGACAAAAACUCCAGCCGACGCGGAUGUCAGCUACGCACUUUUCUGCGCCCGCAUCCCAGUGCUUACCCUCAAACCGUGUGAAGUUGGGCUUUCUUCACUAUUAUUUUCACCUGCAAAUCUAUCUUCAAACGGUCAAGAGCACAUCUCGACUUCGCUUGAUGAACUCUUAGAUCUUUUCUUUCCUCAGAAGUGCGAUUGUGAGAAUGGUGUCCUUGUACUGGAGGGUGGUGAUGGAGCUGGAAAGCAGACACAAACCAAGCUCUUGCUUGAGCAUUUAAGGGCCAAGAAUGUUUCAGUGCAAACACUAGACUUCCCACGUGAAAAUGCACCCUACGGUGGGCUGAUACGAGCCAUUCUUUCUGGUAAGAAAGGUGGGAUUUCAGAUUUAGACCCAAAACUCUUUAGCUUCAUCUACUCGCUCAAUCGAUAUGGAUGUUUGCCGGAGCUAAGACUCUGGAUGCAGCAUAGACAGGUAGUUGUGUGUGACCGCUAUUAUACUGCAAACUUUGGGCAUCAGGCCGCUAAGUUACCUGAAGACAAGAGAAUAGGUUUUAUUCAGCACCUGGAGGCCUUAGAGGUAAAUUGGUUAACCCUGCCACCAGCCAAAAGAGUUUUUUAUUUAGAUUUACAACCCUUAAUCGCUAUGAAAGCCAUGCAGGGUGACCUGAUGCGCAAGUACUUGGACAUUCAUGAAACAGCCAGUGACACAUAUAAGAAGAAUGUUAGGCAGACCUUCUUGUGGUGUUGCAAUGUACUCAAUGGAUGGAAAUGCAUUAGUUGCUGCGAUAGAGAUGGAAGAAGACGUUUCCCCGAGGAGUUGCACGAGGAAAUCUAUAAUGAUGUGGGUAAUCUUGGUGUGUUUCAAUCCUUUGCACAUGUCAAAUAAAUAAAUAUGCCUAUUUAUUUAUACGAUAUAGAUAACCUUUUUAUAGAGCAUUAUAUAUCAUGUCUUCUCAUUUUCAUCUAGUAUAAAAUAUAAAA